AUGUCGUGUAAAACUGCUGAAGCUUCAACCCCCACAUGCCUGGUCUGCGGUCUAUCCUGCCGAACACAUUUCCAUUUCGGCGGGGCCUCCUGCUCAGCUUGUGCCUCAUUUUUUCGGCGAACCGUCUCUCUGAACAUCAGCUACCUGUGCAAACGGGAUAGUGACUGUAUUAGUUCUCCCGAGUUACGAAGUAUCUGUAGAGCAUGCAGAUAUCAAAGAUGUAUUGAUACAGCUGGAAUGAGUAGAGAUUUAGUUCAGCAAAGAAGAAGUGAGAAACGAACUCCCAAGUAUGUUCUAGCCUUGAGGAAUGGGGGCGAGGACGAGAGAAUUGUGAGAGAUUACACCACUAACUCCUACACUACUCUUCAUGAAAUUCCCCAAGCCGGACGGUCUGAAACACUUCCCGAUAAAGCUUCCAUUUUUCUUCCUGGUUUUGAGAAAGUUGUUCCGAACGAGAAGACAACCACAACUCCCAACACAAUCAAAAAACUGCCAGAAUGCUCAACUAAGGAAGUUAUGGAAAAUGUUAGCAAUUAUUGUGGAGCACAUUUUCUGAACGCCAAAGAAAAUAUAUUGAUUUUUCACAAUCUCCUUCAAGAUUUUUGCUUAAUUAAUUCCCAAGUUUUAACGCCAAAUUUAUAG